AUGAGCAGCAGUAGUUCUCCGCAAAAACGAGAGAAACAGAGAGAGAUUCAACAAAAGGAGGAAAAACAACGCGCAAAGAUGAAACUGUUGGCGAAAGAGUUGGAGGAAAAAAAGAGACGAAAAGAAGAAGACAAAGAAAGCGCGGCACCUUCUUCUGGAACACAAAAACGAAAGGAGGAAGAAGAAGUAAAGGAGGAGGAGGAAAUGACGACGACGAAUACGCGAGAACGAAAAGAACGAGAACAACCUUUUGUCGAAGAAGAAAAGGAGGAGGAGUUUACGAGCGCGAUGAUGGAACGAGAUUUAUCACGACGAGCAGGAUCGAACGAUGAUACGAAAGAAGAUCCCGACGACGACGAGGAUGAAGCAGGAAAGGUCAAGGAAGCGCUUCCGGGGUCGCUUCCGUCGUCCGCGGAGGAAACGGAGGACGAUACGACCACCGCAGAGACGCCGGACACGAAAGAAGACGAAAUGAAGGAAGAGAUGAUGGAACAGGAAGUGGCGGAAGCGCAAGAGUCGGACGCUUUGUCGAUGGGUGAUUUAGGUACCGACUCUUCUGGUGGCGAAACCGAUGAUGACGUUUCGAAAGAAGAAGAAGAAGAAGAAGAAUUGACGGAAACGCCAAACGGGGGCGAAAGGCCGACCACGUCUCCGGAAGAAGAACAAGGUAUCAACGACAGCAUCAUCACUUCCGGAGAAGAAGGAGACAAUUUGGAUGAAUCUGCGGUCGCUGUAGAGGAAAAAUCGACGGUGGAUCCAGUCGCGGAACCAGAAUUGGGUGACGCGAAGAAGGAGGAGGAGGAGGAAAUAACCUCCGCCGAAGAAGGAGAAAGAAUAGGUGAAAAAGCGGAUGAAAAAGCGGACGAGCAACUCUCUAAAUACGAAACGUUAAUGAAGGAGGAGGAGGAAGUAGCGAAGAUGGCAGAGGAGGAGGAGAAAAGAAGUGUGCAAGCUCAGCAGCAAACGGAAGAGGGAUCAGUAGCGGCAGAAGAAGAAAAAGAAGCGCCGGGAGAGAUUGAAGAGUUACCCGCGGUGAACGAAGAGAAGAAGGAAGAGGACGCGUCUCCGCAAGAACCGGACAAAGUCGUGCUCGACGGAAAAUCCGACACCCACGAUCCACUUUUCAAAGGCGACGGGAAAGAAGAGGAGCGAUAUAAAGAAGACGCUCCGAUGCAAGAAGCUGACGCGCUUUCCAUGGAUUUUACUGAUGACGAUGCAACUGCUACCGACAAAGUGGAGGAGGAGCAGAAGAAAGAAGAAGAAGAAGAAAAAGUCACUGUUGAGGAGACUCCCGCCCCUGUCCCAACGGAUGAAGUAAUACCGAUCGAAGGAGAGGAGGAGAAGGUUGAGCAAGAGGAAGCACCGACGAAAAAAGAACAAGAACAAGAAAAGGACUGGGAUAAAUCGCAAGGCGUAUACGAGGCAAUUUUAGAAGCUGACAAAAACGAGGAAACGGUUGCGAACGCCAUCGCGAGCGCCGCCAAAGGUGGUGACAGGAACAACACGGACGGAAAUAACACAACUUCUUUAACAACAACAACAAAAGUUCUUGGUGGUAUUCCAAAGUCGCUCGGCGUCGUGUCCGCGUCACCACUCACGAACCCGACGUUAUCUUUCGCGGCGUUUCGCUUUUCCAAAAGAUUAGGAUACGCGUUUGCGCGUCCAGGUAAAUGCAUUUGCGCGGGUUCGUGCGAGUGCGCCGGCGCGUGCGGAAGUAGCAUGGACUCGUUGAAAAAGCAAAGCACGGCUUUGAAAGAAGCAGGCGUCGAUGCCGGUGUCUCUGUCAUUUCAGACGCGUCUUUGGUGUAUAACAAAGACUUGAACUUGGAGAGAUGGAUUGGAGAAGUCGCCGACCCGGCGGUGUAUGGAUUGGAGCGUUUAUACGCAGCUGUUGAAUAUUACGUAUCGACGGAUGUAGAUGUCGAGGACGCGACGAUUUAUUCAAUCAUGAAUAAGUCGCCGUAUCCAGAACUCGCGAAGUGCGACGUCUUCGAUGCCAUGUUUUCGCAACUUCGAGAGGACAGAAAGAACGGCAAAGCGGUGAAAGUAAACGUGGACGCGAAGGACGAAGCGAAACUCGCCGUGUUGACUGCGUGUGAUGGAUUCGUGAACAACCCUCAAGCGACAAAGUUUGGUGGCGGUACGUCUGCGAAAGAGAUUGCGGAAAGGUUCGAUGCAAUCAUCCCGGCGGAUUCGGGAUUAGACGGAUUGAUUUCUCUCACGUUUAUGAGCGGUUUCGCAAUCUCGGAUUUGGCGUACGGCGCGAACGACGAAGGUUCCAAACAAAAUAAAAUGAGGAAAGAAAUGGGCAUCUCGGUCGAUUUAGCCACCGAACCAGACGCGGUACUGAAAAGACUUCGCGACACGAACAAAGUGGACGAAGAAUUGUAUAAACAAUCCACGACGUGGUUAGAUGGUGUCAAGGAGGCGCAUCGCAAAGCGUUCAACGCGCACAAGGCGAUUGUUGAAGUAUGGAUCGAAGAAAGCGAUCAAUACUGCGAGUCAUCUACUGGUAGUAGUAGAACGUGUACGCAAGACGGAUCUUCUUCUUCGACGACGACGGAUCAGUUUGCGGAAUUGUUGGGCUCGUUCCCUGAAGCGUGUAAAGCGUCCGAUCCGAAAACGCGCAGUUGCGUGGACGACUGGUGGGAGUGCGAAGGACCGGGGAGCGAGGGGAGCGCUUUUGCUGGCCAAUUUUCCAAGGCAUCUGCGGCGGCUACUACCACUUUAGACGCUACCGGUGGUGAAGGAGGCAGUCCGAGCAGUGGCCAAGGCAGAGCUUCUGCGGUGGAAGCGCUUUCAAACUUCAAGUAUAAAGUCAUGUACGAUCGUGAACAUCCUUUGAAUAAAGCGGCGCAAUUUGGCGCGCACCACUCGAAGAAAUUCGCCCGAGGAACAAUGAAUGCCGUAAACGUCGGCGCGGGACACGCGGUGGCAAACUUUAAGAAAAUACCAACCGGUGUACACGCCGGGGUUGCAAUUAUUUUCCUAUUCUCCUUGUUCGGAUAUUACACGUACGUGCAAUACAAAUCUUUACAGCCGGUGAGUUCGUUGGAGUUGAACACGUCCUCGGUGAAAGUGUUGAAAUCCUUCGAGAACAAGGAGAAAGCUUUGAGAGGUAUUUCCAACGUCCCCGCGGAUGGAAAGAGGCACGGCGGGAAGAGGAAGUUCGAGAGUUAUCGGCGGGACACGACGCUCGAAUAG